AAAUUAUUUUCUAUUUUAUUCUUAUUUAAUUUAUUUAAUAUGUAUAUUUAACAUUCUGAUCAUUACGCAAACUGAUCAUUUUUAGCAAUUUAUCUUAAUAUUUUUAUGUACAACGUAAUCAGUUAAAUCAAUUAGUACAAAGAUAACACAUGGUUGUUUAUUACGAUUUUAAUUAGUAUUUUUGCUAUCUCAUAAUUUUGUCAUAUAUGUAAUCGCGAAUGCGCGGCCAUCGAUGUGAGCCUUGACGUGGUGCAGCGAAAGAGCUUUGCUCGCGCUCUCAUUCGUAUAAUUUUAAAAAUUAAUAUCUCGAUUAUUGCGAACAUCACAAAACAAUAGAACUUUUAUGUUAUCUCAAUCCCUUCUAUCUUCCCAUGAAUAAUUGAACACCUCAAAAGACACCCUGUAUAUGAAACUUAACGGCGCAAUACGCGAAUAAACAAAUAUCGCGUUAAAGAGCUGAUCCGUUCGUUCGACGACACCCUGUAUACGCCGAGUUGCACGACGGCUACACGAAUCACGGGAUGGAGCGUAGCAGAACGGAGCGCGUUCUGCCAAGACACUAGUGUGUUACAGCGACUCUGAGAGGGCGAGUGUUCAUCAGUGAAAACGUGCACUUCAUCGUGACUGCAUCAUGUACCUAUGGACACUGCUGUUAUUCUGCGUAGCCACGCUUUGCCGGUCGACGGUCCAGCUGACACUUCAAGGCGAAUUCGUCAGGAGUUGGGCCAAUAAUCAAGACAUAUCAUCACGAGGCGCUAGAUAUAAAUAUGAGAUCAGGACAAUUGACAUGCGCGUGGAUCACUUUAGCUUCGCCGUGCAGGACACUUUCAAAUUGAGAUAUCUCAUAAACGACACUUGGCAAAAAGAGGAAGAUGCUCCUAUAUUCUUCUACACCGGAAAUGAAGGCAACAUCGAAGUUUUCGCAGACAAUACGGGCUUUAUAUGGGAAACCGCACCUCAAUUCAACGCGUUAGUAGUAUUUGCCGAGCACCGUUACUAUGGCGAAUCGCUGCCUUAUGGGAACCGAUCCUUCGCGGAUCCGCGGCAUCUCGGCUAUCUAACGUCUCAACAGGCUCUAGCUGAUUACGUGCAACUUAUUGAACAUCUAAAGAUGCAACAAAGAUAUAAGCGCAGUCCAGUCAUAGCUUUUGGUGGCUCGUACGGUGGUAUGCUCAGUGCUUGGAUACGCAUGAAGUAUCCCCACCUUGUUCAGGGCGCGAUCGCGGCUUCCGCACCACUUCUACAGUUCACUGGUGUCGUGGAGUGCGAGGCAUUCGCUCGGAUAGCAACCUCGGACUAUCGUACCGCGAAUCCAACGUGCCCGCAGCUUAUCCGGAAGACGUGGGGCACAAUUGACAACGUAACUUCCACCGAUGAGGGUAAAAAGUGGCUGUCGGACAAUUGGAAGCUGUGCAAUCCGCUAAAAGCCACAGAGCAUGUCAAGAAAUUGAAAGAUUUUUUGCAAGACAUUUUGAUAAACCUGGCCAUGGUCGAUUAUCCGUACGAGGCUAACUUUUUAGCGCAUCUACCCGCCAAUCCGAUUAAUGUUUUUUGCCAACAUUUAACAAACGCGUCGUUGACGGGAAAACCGCUAUUAUCGGCAUUUUAUCGAGCUGUUAGCGUUUACACGAAUUAUACCGGGAAAGCGGCCUGCAUUUCCAUAAACAGUUCGGAAACAAACUUGGGCGCGGAUCAAGGAUGGGAUUAUCAGGCAUGCACAGAAAUGGUGAUGCCGAACUGCCCUGAUGGUGUCAACGAUAUGUUUGAGCCAGAAAAGUGGAGCCUCACAGAUUAUAAUAAUACUUGUUUCAAGAAAUAUUCCGUAUCGUCCCAACCUUAUCAGAUUUGUCAGCAAUACGGUUGCGAAGAUUUUACCAGCGCAACUAACAUUGUUUUCAGUAACGGAUUGCUGGAUCCAUGGACAAGCGGAGGUGUGAUGCGCAAUUUCUCCGAGUCGGUGAUUUCGAUACUGAUCCCGGAUGCCGCACAUCAUCUCGACUUACGAGAGACUAAUCCUAACGAUCCAUACGCUGUUCUUCUGACGCGCAAGUUUCAUCGGUUGUCGAUUAAGAAAUGGAUUCAGGAAUAUCACAAUAGAAUAGGAAACUUUUAAAAUUUGAUGAAAACAAGUUCGCAGAAUUAUAUAAAAAAUAACUUGCUCGUUUGGUCGAAAUUUAUCCUCUUUAUUUCUUAAAUUAAAAAUACAAAAAAUAGGACGUACGUCGCUACAACAAUAAAUAUUCAGGCCUCUGCCAUACAUUAUUUAUAACGUUAAACAAAGCGUUGGCAAAAAUCCAAUCAAAAACAUACGCAAAAGCAUUUGGAUAUCACAGUAAAUAAUAAAUGCACAUAUCUCGUUGGGCAUUCUAAAAGAUCUACGAGAGAGUAAAAAAAUGUUUUCAGGUAACGCGAAAAUUCGAAACGCGUUUAAAAAAACGUAUGAUUUUCUCGUGCGUUUUCGCGAUGUCUUUCAGACGUUCGCGUUGCUUGAAAUCUUUCGUCACGAAUCUAAUAUCACUAUAGCACAUAUAAAUGGCUACUUCAUCGAAUAAAAACUCGUAACACUAUCGCGAUUAUUUGACACUAAUACGUGACAUUAAUUAUAAAUAUAUGCGCUGUAUUCUAGCUUAUCUUUUUAUCGUUUUGUGUAAUUUUUUAUGUCAAGUUUGUCCGAAGGAAUCAUGUAGGGAGUACAAGCGAACAAAGCUACCGAAGAUAUACGAAUAUUUAAAUGUAGAAUAAAUUUCUCUUAGGAGAACGUCGAAUUUUAAAUCGAGUCUAUAAAUAUGUAAAUAUGAUAUCAUGAUUUUUUUCUAUAUGAUUCUUGAAAUUCUCAAAUCUUUUUCGUUCCACAGGUACAGCAUUGCUUUUUUUUAUGGACUCGUAUCAUUUUCUAUAUUACCAGAGUGAUCUCUCUUCCAUAUUAUUAAUACUAAAAUUUUAUUUCUAAUAUUUUAACACGUGAUGUGCUGGAAUACUUUUGUGUGUAUGUAUGCUACAUUACGUUAUAAAUAAAAAAUUGAAUACUCUUGGA